UUCUCAUCUCACAUUUAUUUAUUAUUUUCGUUUGCUCCUCUCUCACUCUCUCUCCUCCUCUAACUCUAUAACCUCUCUCAUCUGACCCACUCGCCCCUUUUGCCUCUCCCUUCUCCUCCUCUCGUCAAUGAAUGACUUGAAGAUCGCAAUUUUUUUGUGCUAGCAGGCGGAUCUUUCAGAACUUUGGCGGCGUAGCUAUUGAUCGCACAUCCAUGAGAAACAGCAAUACCUGGUGGCUCCUCUGGGCUCCUAGCUUUCUCCUGCUGUUGGUUUCGGUUGAGGUAAUAUCAGCCGCUGAUUACGUACCAUCAGAUAAGAUCUUCUUGAACUGUGGAGGUCCCCCUGAGUCUACGGAUGCUGAUGGUCUUAAAUGGACGUCGGACAUCGGGUCUACCUUUGCCACGUCACCCACCAGCAAGUCGUCUUCAACUGCUUCGGCGUCCAUACAAAAGCCAUCGGUGCCUGAAAUUCCUUACAUGACAGCGCGCAUCUUUCAUUCCGAAUUCACCUAUAGCUUCCCAGUGGCAACAGGCCGCAAGUUCCUGCGUUUGUAUUUCUACCCCGCAUCCUACAAUGGGCUUAAUGCUUCGAGUGCAAUCUUCUCAGUUACUUCCGGGGAAUAUACACUGCUGAGGAACUUCAGUGCUGCUCAAACAACUGAGGCUCUAAACUACGAUUAUAUGAUGAAAGAGUUCUCUGUUAAUGUGCCCUCCGGCUCCAAGGUAUUGAAUGUCACCUUCUCUCCUUCCCCAAAUGCGUCCGACUCGUAUGCAUUUGUGAAUGGGAUUGCUGUUGUGUCGCAUCCCGACAUCUAUAGCACCGACGGGACUGUACCUGUGGUUGGCCAGUCCACUGGCUUCCCCCUCGACAACAGUACCUCGCUCGAGAAUGUGUAUCGUCUGAAUGUGGGCGGAAAUGACAUCUCACCCUCUGGCGAUACUGGGCUAUAUAGGUCGUGGCGUGAUGAUGCCUCAUAUAUAUAUGGUGCAGCGUAUGGGGUUACUGAGGUUCGUGAUCCAAACGUGACUGUCCAAUCGCCGGGUUUCAAUGCCCCGCUUGACGUGUACAAUACACUCAGAUCAAUGGGGCCAAAUUCAUCCGUCAACCAGAAUUACAAUCUAACAUGGUUCUUCGAUAUUGAUUCUGGAUUCUCGUACCUCGUUAGGCUUCACUUCUGCGAGAUAUCGGAUAUCAUUACAAAAGCCAACCAAAGAGUCUUCACUAUCUUCCUGAACAAUCAGACGGCGGAGGAAGAGGCCGAUGUUAUUGGGUGGGCAGGAAGUAACGGCGUGCCUGUUCACAGGGAUUAUAUAGUCUUUGUUCCCACUGGGCCUCCUCGCCAGGAGCUUUGGCUUGAAUUGCAUCCUUACACGCAGGGAACUCCCCAAUACUAUGACGCCAUCUUGAACGGAGUGGAAAUAUUCAAAAUAAAUGAUACCACCGGAAAUCUUGCUGGCUCAAAUCCAGAUCCUCUUCCAGAAGCCCCAGUCGACCCCUCGGCCGACCAGUCCUCUGGAUCUGGUAAAAGUCACAAAGCUGUUAUUGGAGGAGGGGUUGGAGGUGGAAUUGCCGCCCUUCUUCUGGUUGGUUUAUUUAUUUGCAUCCUUUCGCGAAGGCAUAAGCAGAAAAAGGAUUCUAGCACUAGCGAUGGGUGGCUUCCUUUGUCAUUAUAUGGAAACUCUCACUCGUCUGGUUCUGCCAAGACGAACACCACGGGAAGCUAUGCUUCCUCCCUCCCGUCUAACCUUUGCCGCCAUUUUUCAAUUUCCGACAUCAAGGCUGCAACAAAUGACUUUGACGAGGCUCUUCUCCUUGGAGUUGGGGGUUUUGGCAAAGUGUAUCGUGGUGAGAUUGACAGUGGCACCAAAGUGGCAAUCAAGCGAGGGAACCCACUGUCUGAGCAGGGAGUGCAUGAAUUCCAAACGGAGAUUGAAAUGCUCUCAAAACUUCGCCAUCGUCACCUUGUUUCUCUCAUAGGAUAUUGCGAGGAGAACUGUGAAAUGAUCCUUGUAUAUGAUUACAUGGCUUAUGGAACACUCCGCGAACAUCUCUACAAGACCCAAAAGCCACCACUGCCAUGGAAGCAGAGACUUGAGAUUUGCAUAGGUGCAGCGCGUGGAUUGCAUUAUUUGCACACUGGAGCAAAGCAUACUAUAAUACACCGUGAUGUCAAGACUACUAACAUACUCUUAGACGAGAAGUGGGUGGCGAAGGUCUCUGAUUUUGGCCUGUCAAAAACUGGUCCGGCGCUGGAUCACACCCAUGUCAGCACGGUGGUAAAGGGUAGCUUCGGAUACCUGGAUCCUGAGUACUUCAGAAGGCAACAACUGACGGAAAAAUCUGAUGUCUACUCGUAUGGUGUUGUGCUCUUUGAGAUCCUAUGUGCCAGGCCUGCUCUGAACCCUACGCUGGCAAAGGAGCAGGUUAGCUUGGCGGAGUGGGCUCAGCACUGUUAUAAGAAGGGCAUCCUGGACCAGAUACUGGAUCCCUAUCUCAAAGGGAAGAUUGCGCCCGAGUGCUUUAAGAAAUUUGCAGAGACUGCAGUGAAGUGUGUGUCGGAUGUAGGGACAGACCGGCCGUCCAUGGGCGAUGUGCUGUGGAACCUGGAGUUUGCACUGCAGCUUCAGGAGAGUGCGGAGGAGAGUGGGAAGGGCGGCGGCCUGGGACUUGGAGGGGGAAUGGACAUGGAGUAUGAUGAUGAUGCAUCUUGCAAGGUGAAGAAAGAUCCCGAUUCAUCCGCGGGGGGUUUCGACGGGAACAUCACGGAUUCAAAGAGCAGUGGAAUGUCGAUGAGCAUUGGAGGCCGCAGCCUUGCCAGUGAGGACUCGGAUGGAUUGACCCCAAGUGCGGUGUUCUCGCAGAUAAUGAAUCCCAAAGGGAGGUGAGUGUGGUGUAUUGUAUUGUAUAUGAAUAUAUGCAUGCACGCAUGCCAUUUGCCAUUCGCCAUGGAUAGAGAGAGUUGCUGGGGUUGGAAAGGGGAGAGAGGUUGUUCUCUCUCUCUCUCUCUUUUUUUUUUCUUUCUUCUUUUGUCUUGUCUUGUGUAUUAUUUGUUUCUAUCAUUAUUUUGUUUCUUUCUCCCGUUUGGUUCAGAACUAUACUACCGCCAAGCCAAGAUGUAUGUACCAUUCUGAUGAUCCAAGUAAGUAAAUGUCUGUGAGAGAGAGAUGGGAUCGUUCUCAUUUCAUAUUUCUUCCUGUUUUGGGCGCUGCCUGCUGUAAGAGUAGUGCCAUUUAACUCCCUGACUGCAGAAUUUUUGGUAUUUGCCAAUACUGAGGAGCGAGCGUGCCACUGUUUUUAAAUUUACUAUGUCCCCAACCCAAACAUAUACGUUUAUGCUAAUAAUAAUGCUAGGGAGGGAGCGGAAGCAGAAAGUGUCCGCCAGCUUGAAAGCCGCCAGCCAAGCCAAUAUGAUGAGUCGAUGAGAAUUCAUUUGAUCUCCAGAUAAAAACACGAUCGCAGGGCAACCAAUUGAAUCAUCACACCUGACUUAGUAGUUAUGCCAUUGCAUGUUUACAACCGAUUCGACCAUGACACCUGAUUUCUUACGUCAUUACAUGUUUUACAACCGAUUCAACCAUCCAUCACACCUGAUUUAUUGUAAUAAAAAUCAAUCUGUCUGGCUAGCCUCAUUAGUCACAGCAUCCAACUCAAGAUAUCCAAUCCCAUCCCAUCCCAUCCCGCAUCCUCCAUACACUUAACACACACAAAAAAAAAAAAAAAAAGACCUAAUUAAUCUACAAGUGUACAUUUACAA